AUAGCUGCUUAAUUUCCAGGCAUUUACAGAUUGUAUUCUGUCUUUAUUUGGACUUUUGUCGUCUGAUCAAUAUUUUGCUAUUCAACUUCAAUAACUUAAAUGUAAAAUAUUGCUGUCAUAUCUGUCCUGUUAAAACAAAGACUAUUAAUGGAUUGAAUAAUGUGUGCAGUUGCUGCAAAUCGUUCACUUAUUGCACAGCACGAAUAAAACCUUUUAUGCACAGCCUGAGCAUCCUGGGCAUUCAGUUGCAGGGCACUGUCGAAUAAAGACGCAAUACUUAAUAUAGCUUAUUUCAAACAGACAGUGUAUCUCAUACACCUCUAUAAUUUGAGUCUGGAUCGUACCUAAAACAUUAUUAUUAUUAUUAUUAUUAUUAUUAUUAUUAUUAUUAUUAUUAUUAUUAUUAUUAGUAGUAGUAGUAGUAGUAGUAGUAGUAGUAGUAGUAGUAGUAGUAGUAGUAGUAGUAGUAUUAAAUAGCAUUUCAACUAAUUCAAAUGCGUCCUCAAAUGAAAUAGCGUUGCACAAAUCGCAUAACCUACAUCAGCUUCGUGUUCUUUCCUUGCUGACGCUAGAUGUUAAGAGCGGUAUAGUGGGAGACGUGGCUCACUUUUGCAAGGAGGUGAUCAGAAGGCAGAAGUGGGAAGUGAGAGAUCGCCUCUUUAUCAUCACUGAACCAGGGACUGUGAGUGAACAGCUACUUUGGCUGAUAACUGUCGCCUCAUUUCCCCAAAACAACAGCAGAUUCUACCACGGACCUGAUAAGGAUAUAUAUGGGAAACGUGUAUUUUUUGUUUUUCUACAUUAGAAGCAUCUGAUUAUUCUAUCAUUGCUGAGUCAGUGGGAGAUCGAAAUCACAUUGAGAAGCAGCAGACGGGGUUUGGAUGCUAAUGCUUAAAAUGUGCUAAUUUCAAAGGAGAAGCCGAGAGGAAAUUAAGCAUAUGCAAGGAUAGUUGCCUGGGCAAUUGAUGAAGCACAUUUAAAGCAACCCACUGAGUCCUUUGGGUGUAGGAUGUAGAAUGAUUCCUAUUCUGAGAUUAAAAGGACAGCCGCAGCUGUGGCAGAUGAACGGAGAACCCCCUCCCUGGAUUUGGAGGAUCCCCGCUGCAUCUGGGCUGUACAGGAUCGGUGGGGCGCCCCCUCCUUUCUUAUUCUCUUCUCAUCACCCCCCUCCUCUACUGCAAGCUGUUGCUGGUUGGCAAUUUCCUUGUGAUCCCUUUCUGCCUUUGAUGCCAAUGCCCUCUGCACCAGAAGCUGCUGUUCAUCAGUUCCCUGUGCCUAAUGUUCAGUGGGAACUGACUUCUCAACCACCUGUUGUGAGAUUCCAACAUUCUACAAAUAUGGAUUUACUUCCCAUAUUCCCCCAAGUUUACACAUCAGUCCAGCCACCCCGUUUUCAGAAGGGAUGGAUAGAGAAAAGGAUACCAGAAUACAAGGUGUACCUAAAUAAUUCACUUGCAAUGGAUACAACAUGGAUACACCCUGAAGACGUAAGACUUUUCCAGAGGCAUGAAAAACCACUUCUGAUAACAAAUCAAGUAGCAAUGAGUAGAUCUCGACCAGCCACUGCCUCAACGAAUCUCCACACGCUUUUGGUAACACCUCAGUCUCUAUCAGGGGGCUGUCCAGUUGCUAUCAAACAGGUUGGAAGCAACAAGAGGUUUGCAUUAGCAGCUGCUGCAGCCACAGCAGCCAUGGUGGCAGUCGAAUCAGGAGCAACUCAGGUCCCAUCUUCUGCCAGCACCCAGCCUUAUCAUGUACUAACACUGUCUCCAAUCAAGAUACCACUUCUGUCUACCCCUGUCUCAGCGGCUAUUUCUGGGAUGGAUGGACAGUUGCCAGCACAAGUCGCCAGGGUAACGGGAGUCUCAGCUCCAGCUGUGUCUUUCAUGGCUACUGACUGGACAGAUCAAACACCAGCAGAUAAGAGCAUUGAGGCUAAUACAACUUUAUGCACGGGGACACUAAUUUUGCAUACGGAUCGGCAGACUAAAUCAACUGAAAGCAAAAAUGAGGAAGAUUCUAGCAAGAUAACUAUUAAAGAAGACAUCACUCCCAAGGAUAACAGACCUGUGGCAUCUACUCCUGUUCCCGGAUCACAAUGGUGUGUGGUCUGGACUGGGGAUGAUCGAGUCUUCUUCUUCAAUCCCACAAUGCAACUGUCUGUAUGGGACAAGCCAGUUGACCUUAAAAGUCGGGGAGACCUCAACAGGAUUAUUGAAGACCCACCGCACAAGCGCAAAAAGGAUGCAUCACCAACAGAUGAAAGGUCUAAUUAUCAUACAGAAGACAUACAUGAGGAGCACACCACCAAAACAAAAAGAAACAAAAUCGAGGAGCCUGUAGAGCUGGAGCAGGAGAAAGAAGAUACAGAGAAACCCUUCAAAGUAUCCCCUCACCGGACCAUCCUUCCUUUGGAAGUGCGCACCGGUCACUUCAGAGAUAUGCUUCUUGAGAGAGGGGUUUCAGCAUUUUCCACUUGGGAAAAAGAGUUGCACAAAAUAGUGUUUGAUCCUCGCUAUCUCCUGCUGAAUUCAGAAGAAAGGAAACAGGUAUUUGAACAGUUUGUCAAGACCAGAAUAAAAGAAGAAUAUAAGGAGAAAAAAAGCAAAUUACAGCAGGCCAAAGAAGAAUUUCGAAAACUUCUUGAGGAAUCUAAGAUAACAUCCAGGUCAACAUUCAAGGAAUUUGCAGAGAAAUACGGCAGAGAUCAACGUUUUAAAAAAGUUCAGAAAAAGAAAGAUCAGGAACAUUUCUUCAAUCAGUUUAUAAACAGUUUGAAAAAGCGAGAUAAGGAAAACAGACUAAGACUGAGGAAGAUGAGAUGAAAUGGACAUCAUCUCUGCAACAGAGGAUUCCAAAUACUGUGACAGAAUUGCAGAACACUAAAUCCGAUUGUCUGUUUUAUAAAAUCCCAAUCGCGAUUCCAGAGACUGAUGCAACUGAUCAUAGUACGUUCAAACUUCUAGAAAUUCCACUCUGUUUUCAGUUUUCUAAUGGUAAUGUGUGAUUCAGUUGUACACGAUAUGAAGUAAAUCAGUUCUCAGAUUUAAUCUGUUUCAUAUUGAAGCUCUUUAUAAAGUCGGUGUUAUGCAUUCAAAUCACUAUAAAUGAUGUAUCACUUAUGCAAAUCCCAUUGUAAUAUAUUAACCUAAACAUUAUAGUUCCGCUAUAGGUUUGUAAUUAGGCAGACACUAUCGAUGUUUUAAAAAAAAGAACAAUUGAAAACAACAGCAUUUUGCUUUGCUCAUUUUGCUGUCUACCAGUGCAUUGUUAAAAGAGUUUUCAUAAUGUGAACAACUCCUCUCAGUGUUUUGCCUCAUUUUUUGGUGUGUGGACAACAAGAAACUGCUGGUCAUAAUAUCCACCAUAAAUGUUCAGACAUCAACCAGUGUGUAUGUAAUAGAAAGGGGUUAUUCAAAUUCUAGUAAUUGUAGUAAUGUUUUGAACUUGCGGUGAUGUUUGUUUGUUUGUUUGUUUAACUCACAGGUACAAUAUAAACUACUUGUGUUAUUUAGUAGUAAAAUAUUUUUAUUGAAAUGCAAAAUUGUUGUGAAUCCCACAUUUGUCUAAUUAAAAGUAACAGAUAAACUGCAAAGUGUUUUUUAAUACCAAAACGUAUUUACUAGUUUAACUCUUCCGGUAUUCAGCAAACAAAUUGUCACCCAAACAGGUGAAAGCAAAGCAAUCAUAUAAACAAUCUGUAAACAAUUGAAAUUUCACAAUUUAUGGAUUUUGGGGUGAAUAUUGUUUCUUUCAGAAUAAAGGAUACUAGAUGAAGGUUCAUAGAGUAGUGUGAAUUGUAAGCACACGUUCAAGUACGUUUGAGUUGU